GGCGAGUCUGUGAUAAUUUCCUCAUUCUGCGUGUACAAAACAUCAGGAGAUGUCUGGACGAGGAAAAACCAGCGGCAAAGCUCGGGCCAAGGCCAAGUCUCGCUCGUCCCGGGCUGGACUGCAGUUCCCGGUCGGUCGUGUUCAUAGGCACUUGAGGAAAGGCAACUAUGCUCAGCGGGUGGGUGCAGGAGCCCCUGUCUAUCUGGCUGCUGUGCUCGAGUAUCUGACGGCUGAAAUCCUCGAGCUGGCCGGCAACGCAGCCCGGGACAACAAGAAGAGCCGCAUCAUCCCCAGACAUCUGCAGCUGGCCGUCCGCAACGACGAGGAGCUCAACAAGCUGCUGGGAGGGGUGACCAUCGCUCAGGGCGGUGUGUUGCCCAAUAUCCAGGCCGUGUUGUUGCCCAAGAAAACCGGCGGAACGAACAAGUAAGCGAGAGAAACUCAACAUAGUGACCCAAAGGCUCUUUUCAGAGCCACUCACCAUGUCUGUGAAGGGCUGAUCAUCGAUUAUGUUUAGUGCGGGACAAGUGUUCCUUGUCGUUGUCGAAAACCGACUGCACAUUGAGUUGUCUACACGGUGGCGGAGCGGUAGACCAACUGCCUUACAGCGCCAGAGACCCUGGUUCGAUCCUGACUACGGGCGCUUCCCUGUACACAAUUUGUACGUUCUCCCCGUUUCCUCCCACACACAAAAGACGUCCAGGGUUGUAGGUUAAUUGGUUUGAUAUAAAUGUUUAAAAAUAUAUGUUUUUCAAACAUUUAUCAUUUGUAGGAUAGUGUUCAUGUGUGAGGAUCGCUAGUCGGUGCGGACUCGCUGGUCCGAAGGGUCAGUUUCCGCGUUGUACCUCAAAACUAAACAUGAAACAGCGGUUGGCUGAUGCGGGAAGAUACAUUUAGACAGAUAUUCCUCAGAACAUUGGCAGCGACCUACAGUAAGAGAUAUUCCUCGAAACCAACUCCGUUUCCCUCUCACCUACAGAACAAUUAAUGCAGCAACACUAA